GUAGUGCAUGAUACACAGAGAGUAAGCUCUGGUAUUUGAAUGAAUAAAUGCAGAGUAACUGUUAUGUUUCCAACUCCUAAUUUAUGCCUUUUUCUUCUGUUUGAGAAGACUGCUUUACUCUCAUUUGUCCUCAUGGAUGAACUUCAGGAUGUUCAACUCACAGAGAUCAAACCACUUCUAAAUGAUAAGAAUGGUACACGAAACUUCCAGGACUUUGACUGUCAGGAACAUGACAUAGAAACAACCCACGGUGUGGUCCACGUCACAAUAAGAGGCUUACCGAAGGGAAACCGACCAGUUAUCCUGACAUAUCAUGACAUUGGACUCAAUCAUAAAUCCUGUUUCAACACAUUCUUCAACUUUGAGGAUAUGCAAGAGAUCACCCAGCACUUUGCUGUGUGUCAUGUGGAUGCCCCAGGGCAGCAGGAAGGGGCACCCUCCUUCCCAACAGGGUACCAGUACCCCACGAUGGAUGAGCUUGCCGAAAUGCUGCCUCCAGUCUUGGCCCACUUAAGUAUGAAAAGCAUCAUUGGGAUUGGAGUUGGAGCUGGUGCUGUGGUCUUUGUCUCUUUUCAGCUCAGUCAUCCAGAACUUGUGGAAGGCCUUGUGCUCAUUAACAUUGACCCGUGCGCUAAAGGCUGGAUUGACUGGGCAGCUUCCAAACUCUCAGGCUUGACAACCAAUGUUGUGGACAUUAUAUUGGCUCAUCACUUUGGGCAGGAAGAAUUACAAGCCAACCUGGACCUUAUUCAAACAUACAGACUGCAUAUUGCCCAAGAUAUUAACCAAGAAAACCUACAGCUUUUCCUGGGUUCUUAUAAUGGACGCAGAGAUCUGGAGAUUGAAAGACCCAUACUGGGCCAAAAUGACAACAGAUUAAAAACAUUGAAGUGUUCCACUUUAUUGGUGGUAGGGGACAGUUCACCGGCUGUGGAGGCUGUGGUUGAAUGCAACUCUCGCCUCAACCCAAUUAAUACAACUUUGCUGAAGAUGGCAGAUUGCGGGGGGUUGCCCCAAGUAGUUCAGCCCGGGAAGCUCACCGAAGCCUUCAAGUACUUUUUGCAGGGAAUGGGUUACAUCCCGUAUGUGCAACUCAGUCACCUCAGCACCGAGUCAGUACCUUCUGCCAGCAUGACCCGGCUCGCCCGAUCACGAACCCACUCGACCUCAAGUAGCAUCGGCUCUGGAGAAAGUCCCUUCAGCAGGUCUGUCACCAGCAAUCAGUCAGAUGGAACUCAAGAAUCCUGUGAGUCCCCUGAUGCCCUGGACAGACACCAGACCAUGGAGGUGUCCUGCUGAGCAGAUGCUCCUCUCCUGGACCAUGCAAGUCCCCCCUUCUUCAGAUGACCACUCCAUAAUAGAACAUUUCAUACCGUCAACUGGCCUCCACCGUCCUUCACUCAUGCAUGGUCACUGACCCUCUCUCAAGUAGCCUGGAUUUAUCAUUCUCUGCCUACACACCCCUUUUUGUAUGUACCAAGAACCACUUCCAUGCCAUUAUGGUAACAUUCCAACAUCUUUAACUGAGCUGAGCUCCAUCUCUUCUCUUGCCAGCUCUUUCCUGUGCUCGCCCAACGAUGUAUCUGAUAAGAUUCUUUGAUUCCAAUUGUGUGUGUGUGCGCGAGCACGUGUGUCUGUUUGUGUGAGCUUAGUUCUGUGAUUUUAGACAUGCUUUCUGUAGUGCUUCUGCAAAAACAAAAAAGGGACAUUUCUUUUUUUUUUGCAUUCUCAAUGGUGUUUUUAAGGGAAACAUGCAGAACAGAUGUCUAGCUGGGGCUAGCCACUAGAUUGCCUUUUGGUUCCAGUUGGUAAACAGGAAGUGCAGAGUGAUUUCAGAAGAGAGCAGCUCUGAGGAAUAUGGGAAACCAUAAUUACUCUCUGGACCACUGAUUGACUGUGACCAGUAAUGAAGAGUGGUGGCCUGUUACAGAGAGAGGUAGACAGGGUGGCAGCCACCUCCUCUGUCCAUGUGGAUUCAUACAUGCUGUUCUAUAAAUAAAAGGGAGGGCUAUAUUCUACUAGAAGUCCAUGAACCAUGAGGCUCUGAUACAAGGACUUUUCUUUCUUCAAAGGAGAAGCCAAAUUGGUACACACUCUUAGCCCAGGAAGGUGGGAAACAACAUGUCUGGCUGUGCUCUGCAGAGCAAAACUGCUGCUGCUCUAACAUGGGAUGCCACUUAGCAGAUGUCUACACUUUACAUACAGGAAGUGCCUCCCAGGUCUGUGACAGAGAAUGGCUCUCAAAAAAGGGAGUCCCAGGACAGAGAGAGGUAUGACCUAAAAAUCACAUCUACUGUGAGGAUAUGAGUGGGGGCAGAGGAAGAGCCAUUACACAAUCUCAUCUUGAACAGUCUAGCCUUGAUUUCAGCCAACUUAGUGGAAGCUACAUUAAAUUGAUAUGGAACCUAUUUCUGAGAAAGUUUGAAUCCUGAGAAGUCCCUUUGUAAGAGGGAAGGGGCCAAUGUGCAAGGCAGCCCCAUCCAGGCAAAAUGGUUUUCAGCCCCAUCUGCUGUAGGUGAGAGAGUCCCAGCAGGCAGGGGGAAUGGCUGGGAGGAGGGUAAAAGGACCUGGAGGCCAGCUGCCACACAGCAAGGACCCAGCUCUUGGGAGCAUGGAGAUGUUGAGCUCAGAGUUUCACAGUUCUGAAUCUUGGAAAGACUUUUCAGACACAUUGUUUGCUUUCUGCUCAGAUGAGGAAUGCACUCUGUCAGAGUGACUUUUUACGAAUUACUAAAUAAAGCUGUAUAUGUCUCAUUGUUACCUGAUUGCUAGUGUUAUUUCUCUCAAGCACUUCCUUGGGCUAUGGGAGGAACUGAGUUUCUGUGGCUGGUCUGGGCUAU